AUGGCGUUUGAGAAGAUCAAGGUGGCCAAUCCCAUCGUCGAGAUGGAUGGUGAUGAAAUGACCCGGGUUAUCUGGAAGUCUAUCAAGGAUAAGCUUAUUACCCCUUUCGUGGAGUUGGAUAUCAAGUAUUUCGAUCUUGGUCUUCCUCACCGUGAUGCUACGGAUGACAAAGUUACCGUUGAAAGUGCUGAAGCCACUAAGAAGUAUAAUGUGGCGAUCAAGUGUGCCACCAUCACUCCAGAUGAAGGCCGUGCCACGGAAUUUGGCUUGAAGCAGAUGUGGAGAAGUCCAAAUGGGACCAUCAGGAAUAUUCUGAAUGGAACCGUAUUUAGAGAACCAAUUAUCUGCAAAAAUGUUCCCAAGCUUGUCCCAGGCUGGACAAAGCCCAUAUGUAUUGGAAGGCAUGCUUUUGGUGAUCAGUAUCGUGCCACUGAUGCUGUAAUCAAGGGACCAGGAAAACUGACCAUGGUUUAUGAGGGGAAAGAUGGGAAAACUGAAACUGAAGUCUUUACAUUUACCGGUGAAGGCGGUGUUGCUAUGGCCAUGUACAACACUGAUGAGUCCAUCCGUUCUUUUGCUGAUGCAUCAAUGAACACUGCUUAUGAGAAAAAAUGGCCACUUUAUCUUAGCACCAAGAAUACCAUUCUUAAGAAAUACGAUGGCAGAUUCAAAGACAUCUUCCAGGAAGUCUAUGAAGCCAGCUGGAAAUCAAAGUAUGAGGCUGCCGGAAUAUGGUAUGAACACCGUCUCAUUGAUGAUAUGGUGGCUUACGCUCUUAAGAGCGAGGGAGGCUAUGUGUGGGCAUGCAAAAACUAUGAUGGUGAUGUCCAAAGCGAUUUUUUGGCACAAGGGUUUGGGUCUCUUGGAUUGAUGACAUCUGUUCUGGUCUGCCCGGAUGGAAAGACGAUUGAAGCUGAAGCAGCCCAUGGAACGGUAACCCGUCACUUCAGGGUUCACCAGAAAGGAGGUGAGACCAGCACAAACAGCAUAGCCUCCAUCUUUGCUUGGACUCGUGGACUUGCACACAGGGCCAAGUUAGAUGACAAUUCAAAACUCUUGGAAUUUACCGAGAAGCUCGAAGCUGCUUGUGUUGGUACAGUGGAGUCUGGGAAAAUGACCAAGGAUCUUGCACUCAUUAUUCACGGCUCAAAGCUCUCGAGGGACACUUACCUGAACACGGAAGAUUUCAUCGAUGCAGUUGCUGAUGAGCUCAAAACAAGACUCGGCGUCAAAGCUUAA